AUGAAAACCCAGAUAAAUUUACCAAUUGAUAAAAUAAAAUUAAUUGAAAAAAAUUUCAAUUUGAUUGAUGGAAAUGGAGAUAAAAAAAUAAACCCUGAAGAAUUUAAAAUACUGAUAAGGUUACUUGGACAAACUAAAACAGAUAAAGAAAUAUAUGACAUCAUUGAUCAACAUUUUGAAGACAAAGAUGAAAAGUCAGAAGAUAAUAAACAGGUUGAAAAUAGUGGGGGACAAGUAGUAAAAGCAAAUGUCGGCGAAAUAAAUAAAAAUACUAUUGUUAAAAAAAAUGGUGGAAAAAUAUCACCAAAUCAUGAUCGAAUAAAAAAUUUAAUUAACAAAUUAAAUAAUUUUAAUGAUGAUUAUGAUAAAGGAAUAAAAAAAAAUGAAAAGAAUUUACAAACAAAUAAUGGAAUUAACAUAAGUGAAAUGAAACCAAAAAAAGAUAUCAAUUUUGAAACAUUUAUGAAAAUAUUUAUAAACACAUAUACCGAACCUACAUCAGUAAACGAAUUGAUAAAAUCGUUUGAAAUUUUAGACACUAAAAAAACAGGGUAUAUCAAUGAAGAUGCAUUGAAACAUAUUAUGAUCAGUUCUAAUGAACAAAUUAGUAAUGAUGAUAUUAAUUUAUUUAUGAACUCUUUAAAUUUUAAGGAUAAAAAAAAAAUCGACUAUAUUCUUUUAUCAAAAAAAUUAAAAAACACGAUUUCUUAA